AUGCACCACUUGAACCUCUAUUGGUGCAGCUUAAUACCAGGUCUUCUCGUCCUGUUACUUGUUGCCAGGGAGAAGACCUGGCUAAAUCUCCCUUCAGGCGGUUGUAGGGAGCGUUCAGGUCACCCCGAGCCCCCUCCAGCCCGAGCACCCCGAGCUCCCUCAGCGCCUCCUCCCCUCACUCUGCCCCAGCGCCCGCGCCCGCCCAUUGCCCCUCCCCGGGGGCGGAGCCGGGCGCCCGCCCCGCCCUCCCCAAGAUGGCGGCGCUGCCGCUUCCGCCCUUCUCACCACCGCCCUCCCAGCGGCGACGUCACCGCCGUCGUCACCGCCGUCAUCAUCGGCGGCGGCGCGGGCGGCGCGAAGGCCGCCGGGAAGGGCGCGCGGAGGCGGUGGCGGCGGCGGCGCUCCCCCGACGGCUGUCCCGGCGCGCGGGGCGGGAGCGGCGGGUCCGCGGGGGCGCGCGCCGCUCCGCGCGCUCCUCCCCCUCCUGCCCGCGCCGCUCCGCGCUCAGGCCCGGGAGGACGGACCCCCCCCUCGCCCCCUCCCACCCUCUCCGCCCCGGGCGGCGGCGGAGGAGGCGGCGGGGAGCGGCGCGGCAGCGCAAGGAGCAGGUGA